GCCUCUUUCUCUCGGUGUGCGUGUAUGUGUGUGCGCGCGCGUGUGCGACACACAUGAGUUGCGACUCAAAAGGAGUUGGGGGGCCACUGGAAAAAAAAGAGCCAUUUUCCCAAGCCCGCCAUACGAACUUGCAUCCAAAUCAACCGGCCCCAUUGAUUCUGCAAAACAGGGAACAUUCCCCCCUCUUUCCUCUUAGAUUAUCCCCCUCCCCCUUUCCUUCCCACAGCCAAAAUAGCCGGUUUUUCUUACUUUGCUAGGCCCCCAACAUAGAAUAAGAAACUUUUAAAAUAUAAAGCAAUUGUUAAAAGUUUCGGAAAGCCUACUCGUCUCCGUCUCUCCCCACCCGGUGUAUGUGAGUUAUUUUCUUCCUUCCCUCCCACCUCCCGUGACUCACUCCCGUUUUGGACCUACCCAGCAUUUUGUGCAAAACGCAUCAGCCAUGAACAAGCUGUAUAUUGGAAACCUCAACGAGAACGUGACUCCGGCGGAUCUGGAGAAAGUCUUCAACGACCACAAAAUAUCCUUCUCAGGCCAGUUCUUGGUGAAGUCUGGCUACGCCUUUGUCGACUGCCCAGAUGAGCAAUGGGCUAUGAAAGCCAUCGAAACUUUUUCUGGCAAAGUGGAGUUGCAUGGGAAACAACUUGAGAUUGAACACUCAGUCCCUAAAAAACAAAGGAGCCGCAAAAUUCAGAUAAGAAAUAUCCCACCUCAGCUUCGGUGGGAGGUCUUGGAUGGUUUGCUGGCUCAGUAUGGUACUGUGGAAAACUGUGAACAAGUGAAUACGGAUAGCGAGACAGCAGUUGUUAAUGUCACCUAUUCUAACCGGGAACAGACCAGACAAGCUAUCAUGAAACUUAAUGGACAUCAACUGGAAAACCAUGCAUUGAAGGUCUCUUACAUACCUGAUGAACAGACUGUGCAGGGUGCAGAGAAUGGACGUCGAGGUGGUUUUGGAACACGGGGUGCCCCACGGCAAGGUUCUCCUGUGGCUUCAGGAGCUCCUGUGAAACAGCAACCAGUAGAUAUCCCCCUUCGGCUUCUUGUUCCUACCCAGUAUGUGGGAGCCAUUAUUGGUAAAGAAGGUGCCACCAUCCGCAACAUAACCAAACAGACACAGUCCAAAAUUGAUGUGCAUCGGAAGGAAAAUGCGGGGGCGGCAGAGAAAGCAAUAAGCAUCCAUUCAACUCCAGAAGGCUGUUCUGCUGCUUGCAAGAUGAUCUUGGAAAUCAUGCAGAAGGAGGCAAAAGACACCAAGACUGCUGAUGAAGUACCUCUGAAAAUCCUAGCCCACAACAACUUUGUAGGACGACUGAUUGGCAAGGAGGGCCGCAACCUGAAGAAAGUAGAACAGGACACAGAGACAAAGAUCACCAUCUCCUCCCUUCAGGAUUUGACAUUAUACAACCCUGAAAGGACUAUCACUGUGAAAGGCUCCAUUGAUAAUUGCUGCAGAGCAGAACAAGAAAUUAUGAAGAAAGUGAGGGAGGCUUAUGAGAAUGAUGUAGCAGCCAUGAGUCUACAGUCACACUUGAUACCUGGUCUCAACCUAGCUGCUGUUGGUCUCUUUCCUGCUUCUUCCAAUGCAGUGCCCCCUCCUCCAAGUAGUGUUUCUGGAGCAGCUCCAUAUAAUUCUUUUUUGCCUCCUGAGCAAGAGACCGUGCAUGUUUUCAUCCCUGCCCAGGCUGUAGGCGCAAUCAUUGGCAAGAAGGGGCAGCACAUCAAACAGCUCUCCAGAUUCGCAAGUGCCUCAAUCAAGAUUGCUCCUCCAGAGACGCCAGAUUCCAAAGUGCGUAUGGUGAUAAUCACUGGACCGCCAGAAGCCCAAUUUAAGGCUCAAGGACGAAUUUAUGGAAAGCUGAAAGAGGAGAACUUUUUUGGGCCCAAAGAAGAAGUGAAACUUGAGACGCACAUCCGAGUCCCUGCCUCAGCAGCAGGAAGAGUCAUUGGCAAAGGAGGCAAAACAGUCAAUGAACUUCAGAACCUGACAGCAGCUGAGGUAGUUGUUCCCCGGGAUCAAACCCCUGAUGAGAAUGAGCAAGUCAUUGUCAAAAUCAUCGGACAUUUCUAUGCUAGCCAGAUGGCUCAACGCAAAAUUCGUGAUAUCCUUGCUCAGGUGAAACAACAGCAUCAAAAGGGACAAAACAGCCAGACACAAGCACGAAGGAAAUAGGAAAUGACUUGUACCCGGGUAUAUGAAAGAAAGAGAGAGAGAGAGUGAGAGAUGGACAGAUGAAUGAAUAACAUUGACAAUGGAUGAAACAAAGCCAAGCAGAAAAGAAUGAUGAUCUGUUUCAGAACCCUAAGAGUGGCUGGGAUUCAGUUUACCGUAGGCAGGUAUUAAUAUUUUUUUGGAGAUGGGUGUCUUACUCUAUCAUGAGCAUAUACAUGUCUGUAUUAAUACAGAUGUGGACUCUCACACAAAGGUAUUUUCACUCAAUAUACUUUUUUUGGGGGGAUACUAAGUUCAGCAAUAAACAAGAAGUUUUUAAUCAAAUUACUCUGUCAGAAUAUCAAACUACACAUGAUCAUGAUUUUGUCUAGGAAAGCAAGAAGCUUACACAUGGAAGCAUGUCAAGCUUUACUAGAUCAAGGCCAAAAUUUUUAAAAAGCCCACCUUAAUACUACCUUCCCCACCCACCCCCAAUAGUUUCAAGACUUAUUUGGGCAACCCUCUCCCUAACAUGAAUUAAUGUUUGCACUUCUCAAGAGAAGGGCAGAGAAUGGAACCAGAUUCUUUAUAACUGCCUCCCUAACAGGCUCCCUUAUCUGAUAUUUUCCAGGUAUUUGGCUUCUGAUACAGUAUUAUCUCAAAGAUGCCUUUUUCUUUAAAAGGAAACUGGAUUGUUGUUUUUUCCUUGAGGAGGAACAAGAAAACAUUUCGCUUCUCAUCCAAGAAGCUUCAUUAGUUGAUGGCGGGGGAUGGAAGGAUAGGUUCUGAUACGAUGGUGGGGAGGGGAUGGAAAGAUUGUAUUCCUUUGCAGUCAUAUGGUCAAUAGCUCUGAAAGUUAUUGAGGCCACUUGGGGGUUUAUUUGUGCCCUAAUCUAGUGCCCUAAUCUAGUUUACUUGUGCCCUAAUCUAGUGGUUUCAGCAGCUCUCAGGGAGUGCUAACAAUCAGAUGACUGUAAAGAAAUAUAAUCCUUCCAGACCUCCCUCCCAAUCCUAUCAGAAACUACCCUUCCAGCCCCCCUGAAUCCAGUCUCAACUGUCAGUACCUAUCCAUCCUCCCCACCAUUAGAACUAAUGAACCUUCUUGGAUGAGAAAUGAAACAUUUUCUUCUUCCUUAAGGAAACAACAGCCUUUUUUGGGGGAGGGGGAGACAAGCAUGACCUGGAUGACUGAGAAUCUCUCCAGACAGAUACAAUAUUAUGUCCUUAAGAUUAUGAAAGUCAGAUGUCAGAUUUUUCCCCCAUAGUCCCUUUAGCAUACAAUAGAGCUUGAGCUCAUUCUGAGCCCAUCUGGAUAAGGCACUUUGGCUACAUUGCCACUGUGGGAGAAUGAGCUCAAGAAUCUGAUUGGGUGAUUUUCAUGUUCCAUCCAGUGUCUGGGAAAAAAGACUGGAGUUUGAAGACUGACUCUGGACCUGCAUAUCCUCAGUGGACCAUCUCUGCUUUAUAGGAAGGUCAUUCAACUUUACAUUUAGAAUACAGUAUCUCCCUUAACAUCCAUAUGUCCCCUGAGAGAUUUCCUGUCACUUAAAAAUGUUUUGAAAGUCUAAAAUUCAUUCUGCAUAUUAGUAAGAUAUCUUUUUCCCCAUUUCCUUGGAAGUUGUCAAAAUAUGGGGAAAGAUUACAUUCUUCAAAUUGGCUGCGUGUUCCAGUUGUCCUAAAAGUUUAUAAAAAUGGGGAGAAAAAUAAGGAAACAUUUGACUUUUUGGUAUUCUCUCUUGAAUAGUGCACUGGCUCAAUUCAGAAAUUUAUACCAAAUCAUGGAUUGUGGGACUUUAUAGUUUAGAAUUCAAGCUGUUUUUUAAUUUAAAACAUAAGCCAUGAUUCAACAUUCCAGUAUGAGCAGAAUUUAUACAACAUGCUAGACUAAAACACUGACUUAGUGUAUUCUUUAAAUUCAUCCAAAUUGUGAUUAAUAGGUUUAAGAGUUUUAUCCAAACGUACUUGUGUUGUUCACACACAACUAUUUAUUUAUCUGCUUUCUAUACUUAGUACUUUCUUUUCUAUAAAGCCAUGUUUUUAAAAUGGCUGUUUUUAACUGAUAAAUCACCUUAAAAUUGACCUUGCAAAUUGAUUUUUAGCUUGGGUUUCUGAUUUUUUAUGCAAAUAACAAAGUAUGAUUUGUAAGCAAAUAAAUACCAUUAAAUCAUAAUUAAGCUUUCUAUAAUCUCUCACUGGAAAGUUAAUUUCAUUUAACGGUGGAACUUCUUAGUUGGCAAGUAUAAGAUUUUAUUACAAAGGCGGAUUUGUAUGAUAUCUGAACUGAGCCAGGUUUAUCCUUAAAUGAGGAAAUAAAUAGCACAUCUGUCUAUCCGUCUCUCUUCCUCUCUCCUUCCCCUAUCCUUUCUGAAUAUUUUAAUUUGUUAAGCCAGAGAAAACAUUGAAAUAAUUAGAAAAUCAAUCAGUGAGGAAUAUGCUUUAAUCCGCCUAAGAUGUAUAUUCCUAAUGAACAAUCCUGGUGGAAUGAGAUGGUCAACUGAAGACAAAAAUUGUGGCAAGUGGCCAUAGAGUUGUAAUUCUCAUGAACUGUUAAGUCAUCAGAUUCAAAUUAUUUCCAGUUCAAUGGAUAAAAUGGCUUUACUUUUCAUUUUGUGAAAAGUGGCUUAAUGUCCUGUAACCUCUCUCUUAAUUUGGUAUGUACAUGUUUUGACAUGUAAGUCUGAGCCACAGUAAAGUCCCUAUUCCAGAUAGACACAAAUGCAAAUCCUAUUCCUAUUUUACCAGUGUUUAACAUUUUAACAUUUCAGGGAUUUUGCUUCUUCCUGUGGCUAGUAUACUGAAUGUUUUCAGAUGAAGUUACACACUUUGAUAAAAUAAGUAUGACCUAGCAUUUAUUAUGGAUUCUGGAAGAUGUAUAGUUUUCUCCAAUCUGUUGUUCUCCUGAUGCUUUCAAUUUCAGCUUCAAUACUUCCUAACUAGUAUUUUGUUGGUUGGGAAAUUCUGAGAGUUGAAACCAAAUAUAUUUGGAAGACGCAAGACUGGGGAAACCUACUUCACAUGGAUUUUAAAUCAGUGCUAUGAAGCAAUGAAUUGUGAACUGCAGUGUAAAGAUAAAUAACAUUUAGUUCUCCUUCAGUUCAGCCUUUCUCCAAUGGUAAAUCAACCUGCCCUUGUCUUAUACUGAAGAGAAAGUGCAAUUACUUCUGUAUGAUCUCUAGCAAAUGGCCUGUAGUUACUAUAUUUGGGGAGGUUGUGGCCAUCUCAUUUUAAUUGUUGAAAGGCAGCUUUAGAUAAAGUAGCAAAAGAAGUCUGCCAGUCUUGGAGAAUCUCAGCCUCAAAAGUGUUGUCUACUUAGCUGUAAUUUGAAAAUGCCUCAUUCUCUUCCUAAUUGCCAGUUUCCAUGGCUGCCUCUGUCCAUGUAAUUGUUGCUUCCUCCUCCCCCCCAAAAUCAGUGGAGAGUAAAAAUGCAAUAUAUGCACAAGUGUUUUGGGUGCAUUACAUGUACCUGACUUUUAAACACACUUUUAGGGGAAGUGUGGGGCAGUGCAUUGGUUACAAAAGAAAGAUAUACCUCAAGGCUACUUGCCAUAUAGAUUUCACAAUCAAAGGACCUUAGAAUGUAGCAGGUCAGGUCCUUCCCCCCCCCCCCCCAGAACCGCCAGGGCUUCUGUCCACUUCAGAAGCUUCUUGCAUUACAGUGUUACACUGCUGGGAGAGAUUCAAGGCAGCGGACAUCAUUUGCUGUACUUCCUCCAGAGUUUUAAUAACAUCAGAAAUUAUCCCUUUUCAUAUGUCAUCUACCUUUAGAAGAACCUCAGCACUUAGUCAUACCAAAAAAGAGUAGUAGUAAUUCCUGUCUUGAUACAGAGAAUAACAAAAGGCUUACAAAUUGGUGCAUUAAAAAACUGUGGGCCAUUUAUGAAAAGUGCCUUUAAUGCAGGCACUCUUGGAAUUGUUUUUGGGUGACCUUUUCUCUAGGGAGCAGGCUUCCCUGUACUUGAAUGAAUGAAGAUACAAAGAACAUCUUCUCUGAGUUGGAGCAAAUAAUUACUUCAUUGAUCUUAACUAUGAGAUUAAAAUGGAUGACUUACGCACCUAACAACCCAACCUUACACCUUGGGCAUUGAAUUCCAAGUAUGUACUGGAUUGCACUGUAAAGGACUUAAUCUCCAGAUUAACAUUAGUGCCAGUUUAUCUCUGUAGAAGACAAGCCAAUGUGUCAUAUAAUGCCCAGAAAAGGAACUAAUUACCUCCAGAAGAAAUUAAAGAAAUAGCAAGUAUGUAUAGAGAAAUUGCUGUUUCUUUUUUGGGUUGGAGGAAGAAAAGCAAUGGGGCCUAAAAAUGAAACCAAAAGUGAUUUUUUUAUGAAACCAAUUGGUGUGAUUAAAAUAAUAGCAAACAACCCCUUAAUUUUGAAAUACUUAUAAUUUUUUUCUGCCACAAAGUUACUGAUUUUCUUUAGGAGGCGAUACCAAAUAUAGACAUCAGAAGAAUGUAAUAUGGUUACUAAUCCCAGUCACUCUUAUGCAAACUUUAAAAAGAAAAAAUGUGUAAAAUAUUUACAAUGGGUUUUUAGAAUUUACCUGGCAGCCUGAGCAAAGAACAAAGUUUUGUCUCUGCAUAAACUUGGGCAUCAAUUAAACUGUUCCUCUGAGAAUAAGUUAUUUUCCCCAACAGAGCCUUGAAUCCUUGCAACCAGCACUAAUAUAACAGGGAAUUGAUUUGAAACAGUCCACCCAGUGAAAAAUCUUCUCUUGCAUCCUUAUCUACCUCAAGGCAGUUUGAUCAGUGGACAUGGAAAGCUGUUUGCCCCAGAGUGGUCAUUAUAUACUCUGGAUAAGCAACAAAUUGUAUAGUUUUGCCAAAUUAAUGGAAAAAUGAAUUCAAUGAUUUUAAUUUCAUUCAGUGGCUGCAAAAGCCCUGUUGAUUUGAAUAUGGAUAUUCUCUUUUACAUGGAUUCCUGGGUGUUAAGUCUCUUAAAAAUGCUAAUGAAAUAACUUGACAUUUAGCAAUGAUUCAAGGCAUGGAAAUUAAUUCAUUUGAUUACAGAUGUAUUGACAUAGAGUGCAAUCAUGUUGCAUUCUAAUUUUGUAAUUUUUCUUUAAAAAGGAAAUAAGUAACAAUAUGGGACAAAUUAUCCCUCUUUGUCUUGAUACAUUUAUAUCUUAGCAGAGACAAGACUUUCGUUAUAUGUUGAUUCAUUGAUUGCCAAGGUUUAACAAUAUCUUUGCGACUGGGCUGUUUGUGACAAUUGGCAAAUCUAGGUCCAGUGUAUUUCCAUAUGCCUGUUACCGAAAUGACACCUUUGAAUUUAAGCUGAAGUGGCUGUAUGGAUCUUGCUGUUUACACUGAAAUGGCUGCUUUCCUUUUUUUUAAAAAAAAAACCUUGCAAGAAGGCCAUGUAUAGAAAUGUCAGGCGUUGCUCUGUGUUUUAAGGGAAAGGAGAAAAAAAAAGAAGAAAAAAGAAAUGAGACAAUAAUGGAGGGGAAAAGCUACCUCAAGGUAUGAAGUUACCUCAACAAUUGUUUUGUUUUUUGGGCUUGCUGAUAUUUUAUAUAAAAGCUGAUAGUCUUGAAUAUUUUAUUUUUUUAAUGAAAAGAGAAGUUACGUUUCCUAAUUUCUAAUGAGCCAGAAGUUGUUAUGCAGGUUGGAAAUGUUACAAGCUCUUUAUGGAGAACUGCAGAGACUUCAGAUGUAGCGGAAAAGACGGCAGAUUUCUCUCACUCUCAAAUUUGCAGCUUAAUUUUACUUAUAUCUAAAAUUCAAAUGAUAAAUUCUGUCCACUCAAAAAUUUGGCAAAAUUAAAAGCUGUAUAUUUCAGUGUCAGUGUCCAGGUUGUUAGCAUUUGUGUGAAAAGAAGCAGCUGUCUAAAAGACAAAGUAAUAUGGCAAUCUUGAGGGUGUAAAUCGGCUAAUUCUACCUAAAUAUAUUUAAUUUCGAAAUUAGGAUGAGUUUCUUUGAUUGGCAUAGUUGAUAUAAUUCUGUGGCAGUUGGAAUGCAGACUUGUGAUUUUCUCUUUGGCUGAUUAUCUGGUUUAUUAAAGCUGGGGUUUCUUUCGCAUAUUUUUCAUCACCUGGGAUUGCUCAAGUGCUAUUUGCUUAGAAUAUGGCAUUAUGAGAACAAAAAGUAGACAAAUCUCAUGAAAGUGGUUUGUCCUUUGGAUCUCCAUGCAGAGAGAUAUUAACAUCUCAGGUAUUAUUGAACUUAAGUACAUUUAUACAAGGAAAUUUGUGAUAGGAUCACUAGAAACAUAUGGGUCAUGAUUUUUGCAUAUUUUUUACUUGUUGAAACUAAAUGAAGUGUGCUUAGGAUUGGAAAACCACAGAUGAGGUUUUUUAAUGAAAAGUUACAAAAAUAUUCCAAUUAGAAAUUACUCGGUUGAGAUACAUUCUUGUGUUUGCAUUCACUUGACCGUCUUUUCCGCUAUAUCACUGUGAAAUAUUCUACAAAAAUUUACCUCGGUUUUACUGAGGAGAAGCAGACCAUUAUUUUUUUUAGAAAAAGAAAAGAAAUGGGAGCCAAACUUUCUUGUGGCUUUUUGUACAUUUUUGUUGAGGAGAAACUGCAACUCUAAUUGCCACUCUUUGAAAAGUAUGGAGCUGGGCAGGUUUAAAGAUUGAAUUUGUUUUAUAUUCCAUUGCACUUGGAACAGAUAAUCCUCUAAAUGUAAUUUUAAAAAACAGUGGUUGUAAAUGGAUUCACAAAUGAUUGUCUUAAAAUUAUUCUGACCCAUAAGCUCUCCAGCAAAAUGCAAACUGGGUUCUUGGGAGAUUUGGUAUAUCGUUCUUUUUAUUAAAAAAAAGUUGCUAUCUUUUUCCUGUAGAGAUUGGAGUUUGGGAUGAGUUGAAAACCCCAAUGCCUCUGCCCCUGCUUUCCUAGCUGGAAAACAUGUUCCUAUGGAAAUUUUGCUCACCCUUCAUAAACAAAGACAGUAGCAAAAUAAUGUCUAAUUGGACAAUAUGGGCUACAGUGUAAUGAACUAUAAGUUAGGAAGAGUGGAGAAAAAGAAUACUACCUCUAAUGCUCUUGUCCCCACAGGAAAAGAUGUAGGGCAAAAUGUAGGUUUCCUUUCUUGAAGAUCUCUGACUUCUCUUGCUUUUAAUACAGACUUGCAUAGAUCAGGGUUUUUAAAAUUAUUAUAAUUCAGACAUCAGCCAUAGCAAAUAAGUUGGUUUUUCCCCCUAGCAGCAAGCAGUUUUUGGUAUUCGUUGAAAGGAAUGGGGUGGGUGGGAAAACAUUCUCUCCUCUCUCCUCUAGCGCUCUUAGCAUCUAAAUGUUGCUGUGUUUUCUUUUUUAAAAUUCCAGCUAUAUGAAAUGUUUGGAGUGAAGACAUCUUGCAUUAUCCAAAUGAGCAUAACAGUAUUCAAAGGGUAGGCAGUUUUAACAGCCUGGCUUUAGGGUUCAAGCUGUAGGCAUUACAUGAAUCCUAUUAACAUCCAAGAGGAUUUCAGUUGCCUUGAAUAGAAGGCCUUUGUCCUACUGAGGGUGCAUCUGUUCUUAUUCAUCUAUUAAGUGGAAAUGAUGCAGUGAUUGAGUAUGAUAAUAAAGGUUGGAGGGGGUUGGCUUUCCCGUAUAAUUAUUUUUAAAAAAUGUGCAUAAUCAUUGAAGUUUGAUCCUGCCAAACUGUAAUAGUGGUUUGGCCCCUUUGCCAUCGAAUUGUAAGUUUUGCAGACAUUUCUCAUUUUGAAUUGGAUCUUUGAACUCUUGUAUUAAUGCCGUAUAACUAUCAAAUUCUACCAGAUGCAGAAGCUCUCUCAUGUUCUGCUCUCAAGGCUUCAGAUGAGGUUAGGAACACAGGGUUCGGCUCUUAUUAUCAGCCCUUAUAGCUUCUCCCUCAGCACCUCAAUUUGCUGCUAUUUGCUGCCAUUGCUUCCACAUUUUUAGUGUCCAUAAAUAUCAGGUAUAUGGUAACUGAGAUAAAUGUUAGCCUUAAACUCCCCCACGCUCUUUCAGUUUACAACGUGUGUAUGUCCGUGUUGGUGAGGGAUGAUGGGAAUAUACUCAUCAAGAAGUAUGUAGAUGGACAUACAUACUUACAGCUUUAUAUGAGCUGUGGUGGUGCAGUGGUUAGAAUGCAGUACUUGCAGGCUACUUCUGCUGUCUGCCGGCUGCCAACAGUUCGAGUCUCACCAGCUCAAGGUUGACUCAGCCUUCCAUCCUUCCGAGGUUGG